AGACACCAUACCGGAAAAGGUUUACCUAAACAGGAAGUAUAGUCGAUCCUCCCGUUUGUUACUCACGCGCAGGCACUAAUGGACUUUUAAGUUAAAAUGUUUUAGUAUAUAUGUGUGUGUAUCAAUAUAUAUUCAUCUGAUUUUUUAAUUCGGCAUAGUUUGCACUCCAGGAAUAUGGCUUCUUUUUUCGGACGAACAAUAGCAGCGAAGCUGGGCAAGACGCUGCAGCAGCCUGAGGACGUUUUCAUUCCUGCUCUUUCAGCUGUCCCAAUAUUUAAGAAACAGCAGACUGCUGACUUGAGGCUGUCAAUAAGCAUUUUAAGAAGUAAUGGGGUCCUACCAGCUACUGGAGACAUCCAGGCGCAAACAGAACACUUAGCCAAUCAGCUAAAGCGGGACAACGUGGUGGAGGAUAUAGCAGCAGGAAGCGCUGUAAUCAAUUUCAAAAUAAAUCGCAAACUUCUUGCCCAGAAAAUAUUGGAACCGUUUGCAACGAGGCACCGCGACAAAUUCGGGCUUCACAGUGAACUGUUUGAUUCUCUUAAGAAAGGAACGACAUUGGUAGAGUACAGCUCUCCAAACAUUGCCAAAAAGUUCCACGCGGGACACUUGCGAUCGACAAUUGUUGGAAACUUCAUUGCCAACUUGAAGGAGUCCCUUGGGAACAAAGUUAUUCGAAUGAACUACCUUGGGGAUUGGGGAAUGCAGUUUGGUUUGCUGGGAGCUGGUUUCAGUCAGUUUGGCAGCCAGGAGCAAUUGAAAGAAAACCCUUUACAGCAUUUAUUUGAGGUAUACGUAAAGGUCAACAAGGCAGCUGAGCACAACGAGGACACCAUGCUGGCGGCCCGGGACUUCUUUCGACGGCUGGAGCAAAAGGAGAGUGGCGCCACAUCGCUAUGGCAACAGUUCCGGGACAUCACCGUGAGCGAGUAUCGGCGCAUUUACGAGCGCUUAGGGGUCCACUUUGAUGUCUACUCGGGGGAGUCCUUUCACCAGGAGCGAGUCCAGGAGGUGGUGCGGCGGCUGCGGAAGCGAGGCCUCUUAAAGACCGCCGAGCAGGGGACUGGCGUUGUGGAUCUCUCGGCCGGAGACCAGAGCAACGUGUGCACUGUCCUUCGCAGCGAUGGCACAAGUCUCUACAUCACCAGGGACAUUGCAGCGGCCAUCGACCGGAAAGAAAAGUACCAUUUUGAUGAGAUGAUUUAUGUGACAGAUAAAAGUCAAACACAUCACUUCCAGCAGUUGUUCCAGAUCCUGCAAGCGAUGGGGCAUUCCUGGGCUGACAGGUGUCAUCAUGUGCCCUUCGGCCUAGUCAAGGGCAUGAAGACCCGGACCGGAGAGGUGGUCUUCUUAGAGGACGUUCUGGACGAGGCUCGCGCGAGGAUGUUGCGCAACAUGAGCCAGUCAAAAAUGACCAAGGAAAUGGACGAUCCAGAGGACACGGCGCAGAAAGUGGGAAUCAGUGCAUUAAUAGUCCAGGAUUUUAAAGGCCCGCUGCAAGCGGACUACAAGUUUGACUGGGACAAGAUGCUGCAGGCGCAGGGCGACACGGGCGUUUUCCUCCAGUACACCCAUGCGCGCCUCUGCAGUUUAAUACAGAGGAAUGACAACGUCGACGCUUCUACAUUCGAUCCGUCCUUACUAAGUGAGCAGUCGGGCGUCUCCAUUCUUCAGCACCUCCUGCGCUACGACGAGGUGUUGUACCAGUCGGCGCAGGAUCUGCAACCCAAACACCUGCUCAACUUCCUGUUGAAGCUGUGCCACCUGGCUGCCUCGGCGCAUCGAGAGCUGCCGGUUAAAGGGAGCCCUCAGCACGUUGCUCAGGCAAGGAAGAGACUUUUCUGCGGGACAUGCUCGGUCUUGGCCAACGGGAUGAGAAUUCUGGGCAUCGUGCCUGUUGACAAAAUGUAAAUAAUGAUUUCAAUUAUGAAUUAUUUUUUUCAAAGUUUUUUUCCCCUUUUUUAAAUUGAGUAACUAAAAACACAGCAGCAAUCUUUCACUCUUUAGACCGGUUUGACCCGUUUGGCACGGAAAUGAAUAGUGUAACAAAGAACAAAACACAUUUCCUCUCAACGAUCAAAUUGCCAACUGGCACCUUUGGUUUGGUUGCAAAUGUGUACAUUGGUAUUGUUACCAAAUAAAUAUAAAAACACCUCCAACUUGG